CAGUUUGAGCUCUUCCAGAUAGACAGACUGUAGCUGCUCUGAACCAUGACUGAAGCAGACUUAUACACGCUGUAUAAGGGUGUUUAUGUGCCGACACGUCUGCAUCCUCCUCAGAGCCUGCAGUACUACGAAGAGUUCACCUUCCGUCCGGAUGAUAUCCUCAUUGUAACGUAUCCAAAGUCAGGUACGACUUGGAUGCAGGAGAUCGUCCCUCUGAUCAUGAGUGGAGGUGAUCCAGCCUCUGUUGAGACUCUUCCUAACUGGGACCGUGUUCCCUGGCUGGAGGUGCUGCAAACCUGUAAACUUAACCUUGAAGAGAAGCCAUCUCCGCGCAUGUUUGCAACACACUUCCACAACAAUAUGAUGCCUCCAUCUUUCUUUAAAGUGAAGCCAAAGGUGAUAUAUGUCAUGAGGCACCCCAAAGAUGUAUUUACAUCUUCCUUUCACUAUCAUGGGAUGACCUCCUUCUUGGUGAAACCAGGCCCACAGAGCGAGUUCCUCCGCAAGUUCCUUGAUGGACAAGUUAUGUUUGGCUCCUGGUUUGACCAUGUAGAGGGCUGGCUGAAUGCUGAAAAUAAGGAGCAUAUACUCUACAUCUCAUAUGAAGAACUGAUAAUGGACCUGAAGGACUCUGUGGCCAGAAUCUCUCAGUUCUUGGAGAAAUCUCUGGACGUUGAGGUGAUAGACAAGAUAGCAGAGCGAUGUGUGUUCAAGAACAUGAAGCAGAACAACAUGUCCAACUACUCUGCAGCUCCUCGUGAAUUCAUGGACCUGACAAAAUCUGAAUUCCUCAGGAAAGGAAUUGCUGGAGACUGGAAAAAUCUGCUAACAGCAUCAGAAUCAGAACACUUUGAUGUUGUUUACAAAGACAAAAUGAAAAAUGUCAAAUAUAAGUUUGUAUGGGAUUAAUCGAAACCUAAUAAAAGUCACCAAAUUGCACCAAGAUACACAGAAACCUGUGAAGGAGUUCUGGCUGCCUGCCAUUUACUGAAAUGGGUUAUUGGUUUGUGUAAAGGCACACUGAUCUUUGUAUCAUCAGUCAAUAGAUUCGCACUGAUAUGUGCU